AUGUGCAUGAAGUAUAUUGAUCUUCUCGUCGAAAAUAAUGUACAGGCUAUUCUGGUUUUCGAUGGAAUGGAGCUGGAGGCUAAGGCAAAUGUGGAAUCCUUUCGAAGAAGGUGAGGACAACAUUAAGUUAGCAGAGGUUUUCUAGUCGUUUUAGUCCGUAUAAAUUCAGUUUUAUCUGUUCCUUAUUUUUUGUAUGAAUUAUUAGGAAUCGUGAAGAAUCUCGGGACAAAGGUUUAACUCUUUGGAGACAAGGGCGAAAAGAAGAAGCAAAGGAACUGUUCAAAAAGGCUGUGAACAUCUCAAAUGAUACGACCCUCAAGUUGGUGGAGGUAACCCAGUGUUACUGGCAAUAUUGAUAUCUCAGUCUUUGUUUUACUUGGCUACUCCCAAAAACUAAAAGUUGAGUUUGAAAUGUUGCGUUGCAAAGUGCUUUACAUGUAAACUUAUGAAAAUCAUAUUUAUGCUGUAGUGCAAUCUUUGGUAUAUAUUUUUCCCUUUUUGGAUAUCAUAUUAUUAGCUUUUGGUUCAGUGCUAGCAGAGCCUUCUCAAGAAGACAAAAAAUUUUUAACCAAGAAUAAAAACUUUAACCAAGAAUUUAGGACUAUGUUUGGUGUCUCUCAGUGGUUAUUAAGUAGGGACUACAUGUAAUCUAAAUUUUCUUUCCUUUUCUGUGUAGUCAUUUUCAUUUUUUUUUGUUGAUUUGAGGUUUUUUUCCCCUCAGGCAUGUAGACAGAGAGGAAUUAAAUAUCUGGUGGCACCAUUUAAGGCUGAUGCCCAGCUUGCAUAUCUUAAUAAAGAGGGUUAUGCAGAUGUUGUUAUCACUGAGGACUCGGACCUGUUGGUGUUUGGUUGUACACAGGUAAUUUUUUAGUGUUGUUUGGUAAAUCUUCAUUAUUUAGAACAAAUGAAUGUCUUACAAAUUCAAAAAUACAUUGUGUCCACCCCAUGUAGCCAAGGACUGGGAUUGUUGAAAGUCCCUACAGGUGUGUUCUCUAUAGAGCCCUUUUUUAUUUGGUUAGGCACUGACUAUUAAUUUUACUGUAUUCAUCGCUCAUAUUUCUCAUGUCAUUUUAGUGAUUCAGCCAUUUGUUGUAUUGUCCUGCAAGGAUCAAUACUAAUUGCAUGUUUGUCUCUAACUUUCAGGUCUUAUUUAAAAUGACUCACAGUGGAAGUGGGAAGCUAAUAAAAAGGGAGGAUCUGAACUCUGCCCUGAAAUUCAAGGACUUCACUUUCGAAAAAUUUAGACACAUGUGCAUCCUAUCAGGAUGUGACUACGCUUCGUCCAUUAGAGGGAUUGGACUGCAACGUGCCUGAACUGUUUUGGAGGCAGCUGGCAAUAAAGGCACACAAUGGGCCAUAAGUAACGUAAGAGAAAUCCUCCACAAGCCUUCACUUGUUAUCCCUGAUGGAUAUCAUGAGAUGUUUGAGAUGGCAGACAAAACCUUCCUGCAUCAACCAGUGUUUAACCCUGGUACCAAAAGGGUGGUUCCACUUAAUGGAGAUGUCAACAAUGAGUUUUUUCCACCAACUUUCCGUAUCCUUUAUUUGAAUGCAAAAGGGUUCUACCUCGAGAUCUAAUCAGUGUGUUUCCAUUCUUACAGAUUGCUGACUAAAAAUAUGUCAUAAUUUUCCCAAUAUUUAGCAAAUACUAAUGUUCAUUGAAGGCUGAUUUUGUUUAAUUCUCAAACAGGGCAAUUUAUUAUUAUUAACUUUCUCAACACAUUUUAGUUCUUGUUGCAGCAAAUUAUAAAGGAAACAAUCAAAAGCAAAACUAAUAUCCAAGCCUUAUAUGUUUAGAAGUGGUGAAAGUCACAAUAGACCAAAACACUUCAGUUAUACUAUUGUAAAAUGCAGAAUAACAUGUGUGUCUCUGGUCAUCCAUCUACUAUUACACUAUCAUUAAGCAUUGUUGCUAUUAUCUUGAAAUAGACUUUAACUUAUUAUUAGCAGACGACCGACUGAUCAGGUGGCCGCAGACAUUGCCAUUGGCAAUAAAAAUGUGGAAACUGGAGAAAGAGUGCGGAAUUUACCCAUGCCUUCGGCUGAGGUACUGUACUGUCUUUGUGUUGAUAAAGUAUACUUAUUGUAAUCUUCUAAGAUCCUAAGUUUAACAAGUUACAUUGGCUUUUAGAAAAUUUCAUAAUGCAAAUGGUUUAGUACAAUGGCUUUUCUAUGUACAUGUACACUGAUGAUUGUGUUGAUAAUAUUAUUUUUCUUAUAAGGCUGGAUGAUGCUGUUACCUUACAUAAACAUACUAAUGAAGUGUUUUUUUCCCAUUACAGGCGGGAAUUUUUCCAGUAACCUUGGGUGCUGUGACCUCUAAUGGCACUCCUGGGCCUCAAGGAUCAGCACCCAGACAAGCCACCAGUUCACAAGUGCUAACUGUAAUUGAGGUGGACACUAAUGGAAAAUUUCCAUGGACCGUGCCAUGCUUACCCGUUUUAGUCAUUGACUGGACAAAGGGGAAAGUGAGCUGUGGUGGUCAUGUAAAGGAAGUACUUUUCCAGAGUUCAGAUCCAAGGCUUCGGUUGUUAUCAACGCCUUUUGAAAUAACUGCCUCAUCAACUUGCAUCAUUACCAUUGAUAAUAACCAAUACACUGUGAUUUGGGAGUGGGACUGUUUUGACUUUAAUAGUGAACAAUCUACAUCCAGUGCAAAUUCCUCUUCUGGUGAUGAGAACUUAGUUGAAAACGUUUGUCAGUUGGACAUUGAUGAUGAAGAAGAAGAGGAAGAGGAAGACAAAGAGUUUGUUGUUCAUACUCUUCCUUUUAAAGUAAUGGGUCUUGUUUACAAAACUGAGAGACAGAACCACCUAAAGGCGGCAGGCAUGAAAAUGCAAGAUGAUCCGAACUUUGUUGUUAAAGCCAUGAUUGAGCCAGAUCCUGACGAUGACUUUGAUGCAAAUGCUAUUCGUGUUUUCAUAGACUAUGGAACAGGAUUUAAGCAUGUUGGCUUUAUGGCAGAAGAACUAACAAAAUAUGUCCAUUGUGUAUUAAAUUCAAGAAGACUACAGAGUGCAUCUGUAUAUCAGAUAAAGUUCCACACCCAGUGGGCUAAAUUAGGGUACUACAUGACAUUGUUUUUAUCUUGCAAAGGUGAAUCGCUUCCUCAAGUUGUACAAACCAGUUCUCGAGUACAAUAA